AUGACACCGUUCAACCUCGUGGACGUUCUCGGUAUCUCGUUACUCUGUCACCUGGGCAUCGGGCUGUCACUGUUGGUCCUCUUGGUACCGGUCUUCCUCCUCGUUUAUCCGGUCAUGACAUGGUCGAGAAAAUGCUGGAUACGUUUUGUGAAAUGGAAAUAUCCGAAGGUCGUCGUCGUGGAGGAGAACAGCAUUCGAACGAUUUUGGACCAGUUUCGGAAUCACGGCAUUUAUACUUUGCUGAUUCAAGGCCGUUCAAUCGCGGAAGAUAUUCGAGGGCAUUUAAUGCACUUGGCAUCGUCCAAAAAAUUACUUCGAGCGGGCCUAUCAACGAGAUGGGGUCUUUACGUGUGGAAGAAUCUUGAUGAUUUUUCGGUGGACAAUCAUUUGUUAAACUCACCGAUCUCUUUUAGAGGUCGUCCAAUUACAGAGUCAAACAUUCAGGAUUAUGUCAGCGAUCUCACGUCGAAAUAUUUUCCAUCUGGGCAGCCACCAUGGCACGUGCACGUGAUAAAUUGCUGGCUUCACGGAGAAGAGUACCAAGUCUGUCUAGUGCGGGUCCAUCAUCUACUUUUACGACAAGAACGUCUCACUCUGGCCGACUUUCUGCCACUAAAAUUUUCUAUCGAAGGUUGGACGUGUCAGGAAUUCGAGUCACCUUUCACCAACCUUUACGCUCAUCCGUCCGCCUUGCCGAAGCUCUACCAAAAGCUCACAGAGAGCUUCACCAAUUAUUGGAACGAGUUUCUAUAUAACAAUGACCCGAACGAGCGACCGGAGAUUCUGAAAAAGCAGAUCGGAAUAUUCCAGUGCACGAAAAUCGGCGUGAUCGUUCUAGUUUCCUCGUUGAAGGAGGUGACAAGACAGUGUCAGAAAGGAGAAAAACCCAGGGUCCUGGAGGUCUUCUCCAUCGUCCAAAAAGAAACGUCCAAAAGGAAUUUCGGUUUCACGGUGAUCUUUCGCGCGCUAAUAAAGUCUCUAAACCCUCUGGAAGCUUUGUACGACACAGUUCUUUGGUUCUGGUAUGUUACGGUGACAGCGAUCUUGAAAACGCCAAUUCUGCUGUUGAGGGAACUGAAGGCUUUGAAAUCACGUCACAAGCAUUAUUAUCCGGAUACGGUGACUGCGAUGUUGUGGUAUUAUCUUCCGUUGGUGGUACAAGCCAGCAUUGAAGUGUUCUCCAUAACUUGGAUAACGAUCAAAGCCCCGAAAAUGAUUCUGGAGGAGUUGUUUCUGAAACAUCCGCAGGUGAAUCGUUUGCAGACGACAUCGUCAUGCGGUCGAAAGGUGGUCGCUUGGUCCGAUCAGGUUCAGCUUGAUGUUCUCCGAAAGAUUUCAAAUAUGACGGGAGCUACCGAAGCCGAGAUUCUAUUGACCGCCACGGUGGACGCUCUCAAGGAGUAUUUCCGUCAAUCCGGUGUUAGGAUACCCGACGAUGUACUCGCCACUGGCAAGUUCGUUAGCCAACGAGCGAUAUUCACGCAGAACCUCGAGGCCAGGGGUAUCCUGUGCCUUGCGCUGCCUACGAAGACGCCGAUGUUCGAGGACGAUUUGGUUGAAAUUUUGCAGGUCAUCCAGAAGAACGUUCAGGAGGCGAGAUCGAAGCAGCACGCGAUAUACGCCAUUACGGCGACUGAGGAGUCCAGUGGACUCGUUUCUUCAUGUUUGCCUUCUUUGCUACUGAAAGUAAUGCUGAAUCAGCUGACCAGUAGGUAUUCUCUCUCGCUGACUCAUGUAGAUGGUGACUUACAUGUAGAAGGUGUCGACACCGUGAUGUAUUGGAGACCACCCCAAGGCAACUGCAAUAUGUCGAUUACUCUACACAGGUAUGGAACAUCCGUACGCAUGGGAGUGAUGGGCGACGCGCUGAUUGGUCCAGAGCAUUCGAUAAUUACGAGAACAUUUCCCAAAAGUGUCGAGAAUCUUGCCAACGUGGUUGGUGUGCCUACAACAUCUAAUCCAAGCUCGACUCCGAGUCCCUAA